AUAAUAAAUUGUUUGACUAUGAAGAAUAUCUAGAAUAUUAUGACUCUGAUAUUGACUUUGAGAUAUUAAAUAAUAAUGAAAGCUAUCUUGAUAAUAUAUCUGAAAUUCUAUCUACUUCAAAAACUACAACAAAUGAAAGUGUGACAACUGAUCAUGAAUAUGCUAGUAAAGACUUUGAAUUUGAUAAAAGAGCAUUAAAUUAUGCAAAACAUUUUGUAAUAUCAACUAUUAAAUAUUUAGAACAAGAUGAAAGUAAUAGUAACUAG